AUGUUUAAAAGGAGUUAUAAUCCACAACCAGAAGGAUUUAGAGGAAGAAAAAAAAAGUUAGAGCAAAAGAAAAAUUUGGGAGUCAGCGCUGAUUCAGGUGUAUCAAUUGGUGAUGGUAGUGUAGAAACUAAGCUUGUAGGCGUAGGUUUUAAGGUUGGGAAAGAAAUAGGUAUAAGCACCCCUAUUGGGGGAGUAUCUAUUGAUCUUGAAAAUUUUUUACAAAUAUUUUUGAUUAGCUUUUAG